AAUCCCAAUGUUGUUUCCUACAAUACGAUGAUAAGGUGCUUCAUAGGGAAGUCUCACGGAGGCACAUUGAGCGUUUACAAUCAAAUGAAGGCGUUAAUGACCUGGCCGAAUAGCUAUACCUUCGGUUUCCUUUUGAGAGGUUUUGAGUCAUUUGAAGCGUUGAAAGAUGGAAUGGGGGUACAUGGGGAUAUUAUGAAGCUGGGGUUUUGUUCUAAUGUCUUUGUCCAGAACACCCUGUUGGAUUUUUAUGCCAAAUGUGGCGGGAAUUUGGGGUAUGCUUGUAGGGUGUUCGAGGAAAUGCCUGAAAGAGAUGUGGUCUCAUGGAAUUCUAUGAUCGGUGCGUAUAUGACUUAUGGAGAGAUCCUAUCUGCAAUUCGGUUGUUUGAGUCCAUGCCAGAGAAGAAUAUUAUCUCCUGGAAUUCUGUCCUUUCGGGUGUUUGCAAGGCUGGGAAUAUGGAUUUGGCUCGUUCUGUCUUUGAGAGAAUGCCAGAAAGAAAUGAGGUGUCAUGGAACUCCAUCCUUUCAGGAUAUAUUAGUGUGGGUGUUUUGGAGGAUGCAAGGUUGAUUUUUGAUCAGAUGCCAGAGAAAACUGUGGUUUCUUGGACAGCCCUCCUAUCAGGAUACACCACGGUUGGUGAUACUGAAUCUGCAAGGAACAUGUUUGACCAGAUGCCAGUGAAAAAUGUUGUCUCGUGGAAUGCAAUGAUUGCAUGUUAUGUUCAUAACCAUAAGUUUGAUGAAGCUCUUAGUCUAUUUCAUGGGAUGUUGAUUGAUGGUAAGUGCAAGCCUGAUCAAACUACUUUGAUCAGUGUACUAUCUGCUUGCUCUCACUUGGGGUCUCUUGAACAUGGGAAGUGGAUUGAUUCCUACGUUAACAAAAACAAGCUUGACUUGUCUAUUCCAUUAGGCAAUGCCUUAAUAGACAUGUAUGCUAAAUGUGGAGAUGUGAAAAAUGCCUAUGCAGUUUUCAGUAAGAUGGCUACUAAAUGUAUAAUUACAUGGACAGCAAUGGUUUCAGGACUAGCUGUUAACGGGCAGUGCAAGGAAGCUUUAGAUCUCUUUGAUAAAAUGUGUCUAGAAGGAAUAAAACCAGAUUAUGUUAUUUUUGUUGCCGUCCUGACAGCUUGCUCUCAUGCUGGAUUGGUUGAAGAAGGUAAAAGGGUGUUUAACCUGAUGGUGGGAAAAUUUGACAUUGAACCUCGAAUUGAGCAUUAUGGUUGCAUAGUCGAUCUUCUUGGUAGAGCAGGGAGGCUAGAGGAAGCAAUUAGUUUUAUAGAAAACAUGCAUUUGAAGCCAAAUGCUGUUAUUUGGGCCUCCUUGCUAAGUUCUUGUAGGAUUCGUGGAGAGAAAGACUUGUUAGAAUUUAGGGAAAAUUCUUCAAGCUUUUGUGUGGCAAUGAGACAGCAUGGCCUAGAAAAAGUGCCUGGUUGCAGCUCAAUUCAACUAGGGAAUACAGUCCAUGAGUUUCUAGCCAAAGACACAAGGCAUGGGCAGAGAAAGGAGAUAUAUAGUAUUUUGUACAGUUUAAAUGGACACCUAAAAGCAGCAGCUGAUGUCAUGUGACAAUUUCACAACUUUUUCUGUGGUUUGAAGAUCCAAGAAUAGUCAACCAAAGAAUUGAUUUGGAAAAAAUAGGUACCAUGGAAGAGGAAAAAUACCAGUUCAUUAAAUUUUUAGAGAAAAA